UCAGUGUUUCGGUGUAAUUUAAGUUUGUCUGCCCUCAGAAUUGCAGUCCUCGUUACCUGGAUCAUUAGGGAUAAAGCCACUUAGGUUAAGUGUAGCAAAAUUCCCAAAAGAAGAAGAAGAAGAAGUUCUUGUUUUCAAAAAGUUUGUCUUCAGCAAAUCGCUUUUGAUUUUGAACUUACCGAAGCAUGAAUUUUAUGAUUAAAAAUUUUUGUUCAACUGACUUAAGGAAUAUAAAAUUGAAGAAACCUUGUGGAUGUAUAGGGACAAGGAUAUGCAUGAAAUGUGUGGAAGUGGAAGAAAACUCCAAUUUUAACUAUAAUCAACAGUUGGACAGCGGUGGAUUUCGUUGUAGCUAUGCCUUUGUAGAACCACCCGAAGAGUUUCUGAAUAGCAUAAACUUUCCUAUUUGCGAUUCCUCGGAUGAAGAAGCUCCUUCUUCCUGUAAAGUGAUCAAUGUUUUGGAACCGUAUCCAGAAAUAGAUGGAUAUAAAUUCCCUUAUUUUGAGCUUCUGCGUCCAGUCAUUUUGGAUGAAGAAAUUAUCACUACUGAUGAGGAAGCACAUGAAGAUGUUCAAAAAAUCACGAAAAAAAAAGAAGUAAAAAGAAAUCAUACCAAAAAAGAAAGAAGAGAAACAAGAGUUAAGACAUAUAAAACUGACAAACAUGCUAAGUCCCAUCACAGAGAAAGUAAAAGAAGAAGAGAAAGGCAUUCUUCAUAUUCUUCAAAUUAUGAUUCAUCAAACUCGAAUGAUCAUGAUUUAUCCAUUCAUGGUGAUGACGAAUUUGCAAACAAUUUAAAGGAUUAUAUCAAGGUUAGGCGAAGAGGUCAAGUGAAAAAAUCAAAACCGAAAGGGAAAACACUUUCCGAUUGCUUUCAAUCAGGCAGUCCUCUUAAGACGGUAACUCAUGAGGAGGUUGAAAGUGUACAGUCUACUGCAGAAAAUUUUUCUGAGAUCGAAAAUGAAAAAGCAUGCUCUGCUGCACAAAAAGGAGGAAAACAUGAUGAAGUUUUGACAGAGGAAACUUCUGAAAAUAGCUCCCAAUCCAUCACUUUCAAAGAAGAGGAAAGAGCCACGUGCGAAUUACCCCCUUCAUUAGACAACAGAAAAGAUCCAUCUCCUGCUAUUGAAACUGGUAUGAAAGCAAUCAAGCUGAUUGAAAAUUACUCAUCACAUAGUGAUGAAGAAAAUGAAAACGAUGGGAAAUCUAGCUACGAUAAUCAGGAUGAAAGGAAAAGAUCUCGUAAAAGAUCUCCUGAUAGAGGAAGAGAUACGGAUUACAAGAGGAGUCGUUAUAGCAUCGAAGAGGAUAGAAGUGAUUAUCAUGAGGAAGGAUAUUCUAACUUUGAUGAAUAUGGAGAAAAUCAAACAUAUUAUUGCAAAUACUGUCUCAAGACAAUGAACAGCUGGCUUACUUGGGAAAGUCACGUUCUUGGCAAAAAACACAUCAAAGCUAAAAAAUUAGCCCACCCCGAGAGGAUGGCAAGUGAAUCUGUUCCGCAACUGAAUGCUGAUGUUUCUCGAAGAUUGAGAAUUAAAGCUGCACCUCUAGGUUACGAAAGAGUGAGCUGUUCUCAGCCGUCAAGAAUUCAAAAUCUUGUAGAAAAUCUUAUUCGUGAGGGCAGGAUGCUCAUAGGAUUGGAGCAUGUGACGGAACUGAUAGGACCUCAAAAUGACUUCUCAUAUUAUUGCUGCCUAUGUGAUGCAAUUUGCAUGGCUAACUCGAUUAUCGGACAUUUACUUAGCUUCAGGCAUAAACUAAGUUUUGUGAAAAUACGCAACCACCAGCUCUAUGACAAGGUAAAUUUUGAAAAAAAGUCAACGGCUGAGCCUAAAGUAAACGCAUUUUUCCAGCAGGCGAGGGAACCACCUGGUAUUAUAAAAGUUGUCAAAGAUAUUCCUAUGAGACAUAAUGAUCUUGAUUUACCUGAGCCUCGUUCAAGCUUACCAAGGUAUUUUUCAGAUACUGCUUCGAUGAUUUCUGAAUACAGCAUGGCUGAUACUAUAGAUCCAGAAGUCAGACAAGUUGAGCCUGUGACCACAAAAGGCGAUUAUUUCUGCAAGGUUUGUAACAGCCACAUGAACUCCGAAAAUAUGUGGAUCUCGCAUGUUAAUGGAAAGCGUCAUCUGAAGAAUGUAAACAAAGCACCUGGAGAAGCUCCAAGUAAAGUAAAAUUUGUUAAAUCCAAUGCUCCUGCCCGACUUCUUGAUGUAAUUGCAGAUUGGGAAUCGUAUGAAGAAAAUAGAACUGAAAUCAUUUGUGGAUUAGACUAUAUUUGUGAAAGGCAUCUGGAGAAUGGACAUGAGUUAUACAACUGUUACUUGUGUCAUUCCAAUUGCACCCCACGAGAGAUAAUAGAUCAUCUUAUAUCACUGAAACACAUGAGAAAAUAUAUUGAGAAAGAAGACCCUGCAGCUGCUGAAAAUCUCACUAAAUUGACGACAAACAUGUCAAACUAUGGCAUAAAGUCGCUACAUUUAGAGGCAUGUGUAAAUUUGGUAAAAGAAAGAGGGGUAGGCAAGAUUGAAGUUUUAGUACCAAAGUGAAUGGACAAAUUUCCAAGCCUUCCAAAUAGUCUCAAGUGCUGACCGUUUGAAAAAUGGACUUAUAACUAUUUUAUGCCAAAGACAUGGCUCAAGAUGUUAUCAGGUACGGAUCCAGAAGGGUGGUCAUGACCCCCUCCUAAAGCUAUAUUUUGGGGUAAUUAUGUUUCAAAAAAUCACAACAGACCCCUUAUUCUAAGCACAAAACUGCACUUUGAUCCCUCCUUUUUUGACCCCUUUCGGAACCAGAAGCUGGAUCCCCCUGAUUGUUCUUGUAUAUUUAUGUUUCUGAAGUAUUGUAUAUUGUACCAAAGCAUUGGUUUGAAAAUUCAUCUAUAAUAAAAUUGUUUUCAA